AUGGCUCAAGCUAGAGUCAGUGCAAGAAUUAAUGUGAUGUUGUUAGUGUUUUGUGUGUUGAUUCACUACAAGAUUGCUAGUGCGACUACCUACACUGUUGGAGAUGCAGCAGGAUGGACAUUUGGAAUACAAAGUUGGCCAACAGGGAAGCAAUUUCAUGCUGGAGAUAUUUUAGUUUUCAAGUACAACAAGAAUGUACAUAAUGUAAUUGUGACUGAUGAAAAUGGAUUCAAGGCAUGCAAUACUGCAACAGGUCAAAAAUUUAUAUCAGGCAAUGAUCAGAUCAAACUUAAAAAAGGACAAAACUAUUUCAUCUGCAGUACUCCUGGGCAUUGUGCUGGUGGAAUGAAAAUGGCAAUAUCUGCUGCAUAGAGUGACUCUAAUUUGUGUUAUUGUUGGCCUCUUGGUUGUCCUGUUAGUUUAUAUAUUCAAUAUGCAAUAACUGGAGUAUUCAAAAGUCUUCAGUAACGAAGUAAAAUUCGAUUAUCAAUAUGAUAUGUUAACAAAGC